GGCAGCAAAUACGAUGUGCGGAAACGCAUAAGCAAGAGGAGCAGGCAGCUGGGGGAGAGAGAGCUCCAUGCAAAGGCAAAAUAAAACACAUAGCAGAACAAACCCUUUAAUCCCCAACAAGCGGCAGGGGCAGCAGCGAUCGUACAGUACAUAUAAAAAUAUCCUGCUCCUGCAUCAUGGUUUUUCAAACUAGGCUCCCUUCUUGGAUUAUUGUAUGCUCCAUCUGGCUGUUUCGCUUUGCACACACGGGGGAGGCACAGGCUGCAAAAGAAGUAAUAUUGCUGGACUCUAAAGCACAACAGACAGAGUUGGAGUGGAUUUCCUUUCCUCCCAAUGGGUGGGAAGAAAUUAGUGGACUGGAUGAAAAUUACACUCCUAUACGAACAUACCAGGUAUGCCAGGUCAUGGAACCUAACCAAAAUAACUGGCUUCGGACUAACUGGAUUGCGAAAGGCAAUGCACAAAGGAUUUUUGUAGAACUGAAAUUCACUCUGAGGGAUUGUAACAGUCUUCCUGGAGUACUGGGGACAUGUAAAGAAACUUUUAACUUAUAUUAUUAUGAAACAGACUACGACACUGGUCGGAAUAUCCGAGAAAAUCAGUAUGUAAAAAUAGACACCAUUGCAGCAGAUGAAAGUUUUACCCAAGGUGACCUUGGGGAGAGAAAAAUGAAACUUAACACAGAAGUGAGAGAGAUUGGACCUUUGUCUAAGAAAGGAUUUUAUCUUGCAUUUCAAGAUGUAGGUGCCUGCAUUGCUUUGGUUUCUGUCAAAGUCUACUACAAGAAAUGCUGGUCUAUUAUUGAGAACUUAGCUGUUUUUCCAGAUACAGUGACUGGCUCAGAGUUUUCCUCUCUAGUUGAGGUACGAGGAACUUGUGUCAGCAGUGCAGAAGAGGAGGCUGAUAACUCUCCUAGGAUGCACUGUAGUGCAGAAGGAGAAUGGUUAGUGCCUAUUGGAAAGUGUAUCUGCAAAGCUGGGUACCAGCAAAAAGGAGACACUUGUGAACCAUGUGGCCGAGGAUUCUACAAAUCAUCUUCUCAAGAUCUACAGUGCUCUCGCUGUCCUACUCACAGUUUCUCUGACAAGGAAGGAUCUUCCCGAUGUGAUUGUGAUGAUAGCUAUUAUAGAGCACCUUCUGAUCCACCAUAUGUUGCAUGCACAAGACCUCCAUCUGCACCACAGAACCUCAUCUUCAAUAUCAACCAGACUACCGUGAGUUUGGAAUGGAGUCCUCCUGCCGACAAUGGGGGAAGAAAUGAUGUGACCUACCGAAUUUUGUGCAAAAGGUGCAGCUGGGAGCAGGGUGAAUGUGUUCCCUGUGGGAGUAACAUUGGAUAUAUGCCCCAGCAAACUGGAUUAGUAGAUAACUACGUUACUGUCCUGGACCUGCUGGCUCAUGCUAAUUACACUUUUGAAGUGGAAGCUGUAAAUGGGGUAUCUGACUUGAGCCGUUCCCAGAGGCUCUUUGCAGCUGUCAGUAUUACCACUGGUCAAGCAGCUCCCUCGCAAGUUAGCGAAGUAAUGAAAGAGAGAGUGCUGCAGAGGAGCGUGGAGCUUUCCUGGCAGGAACCAGAACAUCCUAAUGGAGUCAUCACUGAAUAUGAAAUCAAGUAUUACGAGAAAGAUCAAAGGGAGAGGACUUAUUCAACAGUAAAAACCAAGUCCACUUCAGCUUCCAUUAAUAAUUUGAAACCAGGAACAGUGUAUGUUUUCCAGAUUCGUGCUUUUACUGCUGCUGGUUAUGGAAAUUAUAGUCCCAGACUAGAUGUUGCCACACUAGAGGAAGCCACAGCCACAGCCGUUUCCAGUGAGCAGAAUCCUGUCAUUAUCAUAGCUGUGGUUGCUGUGGCAGGCACCAUCAUUCUGGUCUUCAUGGUGUUCGGAUUCAUCAUUGGACGAAGGCACUGUGGCUAUAGCAAAGCUGAUCAAGAAGGGGAUGAAGAACUUUACUUUCAUUUUAAAUUUCCAGGCACCAAAACCUACAUUGACCCUGAAACCUACGAGGACCCAAAUAGAGCUGUCCAUCAAUUCGCCAAGGAGCUAGAUGCCUCUUGUAUUAAAAUUGAGCGUGUGAUUGGUGCAGGAGAGUUUGGUGAAGUGUGCAGUGGGCGUCUGAAACUUCCAGGCAAGCGAGAUGUUUCAGUAGCCAUCAAAACCCUGAAAGUUGGUUAUACAGAAAAACAGAGGCGAGAUUUCCUGUGUGAAGCAAGCAUCAUGGGACAAUUUGACCAUCCCAAUGUUGUUCAUUUAGAAGGGGUAGUUACCAGAGGGAAACCAGUCAUGAUUGUAAUAGAAUACAUGGAGAAUGGGGCCCUAGAUGCAUUUCUUAGGAAACAUGAUGGGCAAUUUACAGUCAUUCAGCUAGUGGGAAUGUUGAGAGGAAUUGCUGCCGGAAUGAGAUACUUAGCUGAUAUGGGAUAUGUACACAGGGACCUAGCAGCACGCAAUAUUCUUGUUAACAGCAACCUUGUUUGUAAAGUGUCAGACUUUGGCCUGUCCAGAGUUAUAGAAGAUGAUCCAGAAGCUGUCUACACCACUACGGGUGGGAAAAUUCCAGUACGAUGGACAGCUCCAGAAGCGAUCCAAUAUCGUAAAUUUACAUCAGCAAGUGAUGUAUGGAGCUAUGGAAUAGUUAUGUGGGAAGUAAUGUCUUAUGGAGAGCGGCCUUACUGGGACAUGUCAAAUCAAGAUGUUAUAAAAGCAAUUGAAGAAGGCUAUCGUUUGCCAGCACCCAUGGAUUGCCCAGCAGGCCUUCAUCAGCUCAUGCUGGACUGUUGGCAAAAGGAACGUGGUGAAAGGCCAAAGUUUGAGCAGAUAGUUGGUAUUUUGGACAAAAUGAUUCGGAACCCAAACAGUUUGAAAACUCCUCUUGGAACCUGCAGCAGACCAAUCAGCCCACUUCUGGACCAGAACACACCUGAUUUCACCACGUUCUGCUCUGUAGGAGAAUGGUUACAAGCUAUUAAGAUGGAAAGAUAUAAGGAUAACUUCACAGCAGCAGGCUACAACUCUCUUGAAUCAGUAGCCAGGAUGACUAUUGAUGAUGUGAUGAGUUUAGGAAUCACGUUGGUUGGUCAUCAAAAGAAAAUUAUGAGCAGCAUUCAGACUAUGAGAGCACAAAUGCUACAUUUACACGGCACUGGCAUCCAAGUGUGAUAGACAUUUCUCCCUUAUGAGGGAGGUGACAGACUGAGAGAACAACACUGGCCUUCAGUAUCAUGAAGUGCUGCUAGAAGACACUUGAUCUCCUGGGUCCUUCCUGCAGUGAAGAGAAGAUCUACAAGAAGUACCUACAGACUUGAACUCCUAAGUGCCACCAGAGGUUACUAAAAGGGAAUUGGGAUCCACCACUGAUGGCAAGGAAAACAGCAGUGACAAUAAACAAAGUACUACCUGAAACACAUACAAACACCUUGAGCUCUCUAACCUCCUUUUUAUCUAAUAGACUUUUUAAAAUGUACAUAAAGAAUUUAAAAAAGAAUAUAUUUGUCAGAUAAGAUCAUGAUAUUAUUGUUAAAUUCAGCAAAAUAUUUUCCUUAAAUUUUGAUUUAAGAAUCUUUUUUUAAUCAUUUGUGUUUAUUCUUCAUAAAGACCUUCUUUUAGUAUGAUGUUUAUAUCUCUGGACCUUUCUAGGGCUAAUUCUAUGACACAUUACUACACUGGGUACCUCUGAAAGGUUACUAGAAGUUUUAGAAAUGUAAGAAGCAUGACUGAGCAACAUAUAUCCGUCCAAACAUUGGUAUCCUUUUUUGUGCCAUUUUAUUCUGUUAAACCAACAGUGUAUUGACAUGGUUUGCUAACUGGCAGGGAGUCAAGAAAAUGCAAGUUGCUAAGAGCUCUGAUAUUUUUUAAAGAAUUUUUUAAAGUUAAACAUAUAUUAUCUUUUAAAGGAAAAAAGGGAAAAAAAAGCAAUAAUGACCCCUAAGUAGUCCUAGGCACUUUUAACAAAUUGUUUGCAAGAUGAUUUUAAUGGACUAGAUUUAAGGUGAGAUUUUCUAAGGAGUAGAUCCAUAACUAUACACCUACUGAGGUAUUUUAUGGACUGAAUGAUAAUGAGUGCCUCAGAAGUCAGGUGCAGUUCUCCAGUGUUACCUAACUAUUUUAAUCUGAGCACAUCACAUUUUUUUUCAAUGCUCUGCAUUAGCAAAUCUGAGAGAAAUGGCUGGCGUAUAUUUUAUAUGCAUUUCAGUUGAGUGCAGUCCAGCUGUAAGAAUAAGGAUUUACCUUUUAUAUUAGAACUGUAUAGCAGGAGGCAAGGGGCAGUUCAGAAUUUUCACAUUUUUCACUAGCUUUUAUUGCUCUCAACACAAACACCGUACACACACACAUUCAUUUGGGAACUCAAGCGCAAAAGUACUUCCUCAGUUAAAAACUUUUAUGCCAUUUUUAUUUAUAUAUGUACCUUAUUUUACUAAAACAUUAAACUACCAUAAGCAAUAAGGAAGUGUGGCUACAGAUAUGGCAGGAAUGUAUACACAUCAGAGAGAGAUGCUUUCAGAAAUUAUGAAAAUCGUGAACUACCCCUUCAGUGAAAUGCUGAACUUCCAAAGAGAAUUAGGCUGCUUCUGUUGAUUUUGAUAGAGAACGAUCCCAGGGAUCAGUCAUAAUUGGUCUUGUUUGAUAAUGUGGGCAUCCACAAAAAAACUGUAAAUGUUCCUUUGUAAAACUUGUAAAUUUAAUUUAUACUGUCUUGUUUUGUACACACAUUUCUGUGUAGUGAGCUCUGAAUACAUUGAAAAUGCACUAUAUUUUUCUAUUUUACUUGCAGAGCAUCACAAAAGAACAUGUAUUUUCAGUGCUACAUAAUGUGUUUUCCCACAUUUAGGACCAAAGACAGCUACAAAAAACUCAAAUGGAUCAUUCCUAUCUCUCCCCACCUCCUUUUUUUUAUUCCUGUACAGUGUUACAUUUUCCAUUUUAUUUAUUUGUUUGGUUAGAAAAAUCAGUUUGAUUAUACCAAUUUUUUUUUCCCUCUGCCUUUGUUGAAGAAAAUCUGUAAAAAGCUUUUAAUUAGCAUAAUCCCGUUACAUAGACACUUCCAUUUGUAAUCUUUGUAAUAGACUGUAAAUAUAUUUUUGGAACUAUAACACAACGUUCACAAGGAUUAUUUUUCACCAUCCAUAUAUGAUCGUUUAUGCAGUUCACACCACUGCAGUCAUGUGGAGAAGCAUACUUUAUGGUCUGGUUUGGCCAUAAGAAAGAAUGGCGAAGAUUCUUAUUUCCUAUUAGUUUAUCAACUCAGAAGAAAUGGAGUUAUUUGCAUACUCACAAGUCAGCAAGCUUUUUUUACUGUUAAUAAUUUUCUAAAAAAAAUAUUAUUAUUAGAAGACAAAAUGCACUGCAAGUCCAAUAUUCAAACUAAUGCACCUAAACCAUCAGGCAUUUAAGUUAGAAAUUGGGAAUCUAACUGUAAGCAGCCAGUUUUGAAAAUUUUGACAUUAAAUCUACAGUAAGGAACCUAGGCUGGACUUUUCAAAGGGGCCUAAUGUACUCAGCUGUCCACGUCCCAUCAUAUGGCAAUGGAAUUUGGGUGCCUAACUCAGCUACGGCCUUUUGAAAGCCCUAGUUCUAAAUAUACACAUCUCAUGGGAGAUGUGGACAAACCCCAUUUUAAAUGGAAAAUGAGGCAAACACCUGUAUGCGACUGUGUUCAACAGGCACAUCAUAUCUGAGUGUCCCCUUUGUUCUUUCACCGAGGGCCUGAAGGACAUUCUCCAGCUCACUGCUGUGGCAGUGUGCUGGCUAUCAAAUCUAGAUACAAAUUUGUAAUAAUUGCUACCUAGCCAAGCCAUAUGAAAGAAGAAGUUCUAAAUAAGUGGUCUGAUUUCAAAAGUUUUGAGCCUCCUCCAGCAUUCAGUCCUUGACUCAGCAAAAUAUAAUCACGUGGUUCACUUUGUAGACCUUUCAUGAGACUUGGGCACAUGCUUAACCUUAAACACAUAUUUAAGUGCUUUGCUGAAUAAGGGUUAACUUAACGUGAUUAAAUGCCUUGCUAUAUUGGGGCCUCAUAGUUUAGAAGCUGUAGGAGGAUCAAUUAUUUUCCAUAUCAAGCCACUUACUUAUGUACCUAACUAUGGAUUUAAGAGUUGAACUUCAAGCUCCCACUUUUGAAAAUUUUGGGCUUUAGGGGCUCGCUCAUGCAAGGUGCAAUGCUACUCCUUUUUAGUAAGAGUUGAGGGCCGCUCUGCGCCUUUAGGAGUUGCUGGCAGCAUGGGUCCAUCAAUGCAGGUUUGAAAUAUUAACAUUAGGCAAUGAAAUUUUAAAAUGAGGCUCAUAACAUUGCUUAUGUCUACCUUAUCUUUCCCCUUUACAGUCAUAGCCAAGCCAUCUGCUUUGAAUAGAUGAUAUAACAUUGAUAGUUCAUCUAUAUAGCUUGACAGCCUUAAAGUUGCUACAUAUUUGUAUGCCUUUGGAACGGGAAGGACAGACCUUCAAAGCACAAUCAAUAUUCAAAUACUUAGUCUAUCUGUCUAGAACAUUAGGAGUAAAUGUAUGCAUAUCUAAUUUUUAACUGGCAAAGCAUCAGCAUAAUGUUGCUUUAAAUUCUCUAUGGAACAAGGUAAGGAAAACAAUGGCAGAAAAAGGUUGAAAUCGUCUAUUGAGACUCAAGCAUUUGGAGAGGAAUGGAAGAAAAAGUGGAAAUUAAAAAAAAAAGGAUUCUGAUUGGUUAGAUAAUGAAACAAAUCACUUGGGUCAAAUUAGAGCCUUGUAGCCCAUCCAACUAUAUUGAAGUCACUGAAGUACAGGGCGUAAAUCAGAUUAAAAUUUUUCCUUGUGUGUGCUUGACUGCUGGAAAGUUAUUUCUUCCUCAUGAACCAAAUUUUGGUUUUAUAACUAAUAUCUUCCAGAUUGUAUCAAAACACACUUGUCACUGGAGGAUCAUUUUCCUUCCAACAAUGUGCAAUGGCUCAUCUACCUGCAACUUUUAAAUAAGAUAUUAAUUCUUUAUUGCUCUAAUUUUGUUGCUGUUCCAGUGAAAGACUCAACUGGCCCACUGGUAAA